AUGGCUCUCGAUACUACCCCUGAGAAGUUACCAAACCGAAUCCAACGCGGAGGAAUUUUUGACGAGGAAGCCCAAAGAAGCUCGCAAUCAGUUGACGAUUUUAAGUUAAAGGAUGAAGAAACAGAAUCAGCCACUCCAACUGUGGAGAGUGGAAGCUCUGGGACACCAAUAGAUCAAUUGGACUGGGACUCGCCAGAAGAUCCAGGGAACCCGCAGCUAUGGUCAAAUUGGAAAAAGGUCUUCCAUACAGCAAUACCGGCCUUGAUUGGCUUUGUUUUAACCGUGGGAACAUCAUCAUAUGUACCAGCUCUCGCGUUGGUGAUGAAGAAGUUCGAUAUCUCUAGAGAAGUGGCCCUUCUUCCCCUAUCAUUAUACACUCUGGGCUUCUGCCUCGGUCCCACGUUCGCAGCACCCCUCUCAGAGAUAUAUGGGCGAAGGAUUAUUUACUGGAUCACCAUGCCAUUACUUUUGAUAUUCACCGCUAUUGCAGCUUCUGCCAAUAACAUUACACAAUUGAUACUUUUCCGUCUGCUCGCAGGUAUUGGAGGGUCGGGGGCGCUGGCAAUAGGAGCAGGGACCAUCGCAGACAUGUGGGAUAAUCAUCAAAGAGGCAGAGCUGCUUUAUUCUUUAUCCUCUCGCCGUUUCUAGGCCCAUCUUUAGGGCCUCUGAUCGGGGCCUACAUCAUCGCCGAGUAUAACAAAAACUGGAGGUUCUCUUUGUGGGUUAUAAUGUUCAUCGCAGCCCCGAUCCUGGUUGCGUCCCUCUUCAUGCAAGAAACCUACAAACCGCGCAUUCUAUAUCUCCGCAACAAAGCUCGUGGGGAAAAGAUUCCUCAUAAGACAGGCGAUACCCGUCUCCUGUUACGGGAGCUGCGUACUGCAUGCCUCCGACCGAUCAACAUGAUGCUUUUCGAACCAUUAGUAGCCUUCCUCUCCAUCUACACCGGAUUCGCCUUCGCCAUGAUGUUCUCAUUCUUCGGCUCCUACUCCUAUGUAUUCGCCAGCGUCUACGGCUUCAACAACCGCCAAAUCGGCCUCACCUUCCUGGGCCUUCUAAUCGGCUUCCUCUUCGCCGUCACCUCAUUCGGCAUCUUCGACGCUACACUCUACCGCAGAGCAGACAAGCGAGCCAAUGGGCGUCCAGCCCCCGAACACCGCCUCUACGCCGCGCUCCUCGGCUCGAUCAUGCUGCCCAUCGGCCUCUUCUGGUUCGCGUGGGCACCCUCGCACUCCGUGCACUGGAUCGUCCCUGUUCUCGCGGGAAUUCCUUUUGGCUGGGGCUGUCUCUCAAUCUUCAUUGCUGCUACUACCUACCUUGUGGACGUGUACCAAGCUGCGAAUGGUGCGAGUGCGGUCGCUGCGAAUGGGAUUUUGCGGUACGGAUUGGGUGCGGCGUUUCCGUUAUUUACGCUGCAGAUGUACGAGAGUAUGGGGAUUCAUUGGGCAGGGAGCGUAUUUGCGUUUGUGGGAUUGGCGAUGACGCCUGUGCCGUGGGUGUUUUGGUGGAAGGGGAAAGUGUUGAGGGAGAGGAGUUUGUAUGAUACUUUUAAGGAGUAG